GAUAGGAAUUCACAUGUUGAGUUCCCAGCCACGCACCGCAGUGCGCGCUCGCUAUAAAAGAACAACUAAACGUAAUGUUGCCACGCCGCCGCCGCCGAUAUGAUCGCCAGGCUCACUUUCCUGCUCCUCUGUGUCGCCGUCGCCAGCGGUAACCCCGCAGCGGGCAGACCGUGGCACUGGAAAUCCCCCAAGCCCCUCGUCACGCCCCUCGGCCCCGUGAAGUCCUCUCGCAUUGUGGGGGGUACUGAGGCGACCCCCAACUCGUGGCCCCACCAAGUCGCUCUCUUCAUUGACGACAUAUACUUCUGCGGCGGCUCCCUCAUCUCCGACGAGUGGGUCCUGACCGCCGCUCACUGCAUGGACGGCGCCACCUUCGUGGAGGUGGUCCUGGGGGCACACAACAUUCGGAAGUCCGAACCGUCACAGGUCACCAUGGCCAGCAAAGACUUCAUAGUGCACGAGCAUUGGAACACCUUCUUCCUGGUCAACGACAUCGCUGUGAUCAGGCUCCCCAACAAAGUUACCAUGAACGUAAACAUUAAUGCGGUCGACUUGCCUUCCACUGAAUUAUCCGAGGGCACGUAUGUUACUGCCACCGGAUGGGGCAAAACUUCGGACCAAUUCGGGGGGAUCUCUGAUGUCCUCCGUCAAGUUACUGUACCCAUCAUGAGCAACACUGUCUGCAAUUCUUACUACGGCCUUGUGGAGGACGGGCAAAUCUGCAUCGACAGCUCGGGAGGCAAGGGAACGUGCAAUGGUGACUCUGGCGGCCCUCUCAAUAGGAACGGCAAGAUCUACGGCAUCACCUCCUACGGUUCCGCGGAAGGUUGUGAGGCGGGUCACCCCGACGUGUUCACCCGCGUGUAUCGCUACCUGCAGUGGAUCGAGCACCACACUGGCGUCAAGGCCUGAGCGGCACGGAGCAGCUGGCCAGGGAGGAGGAUGUCGUGUUAGCAGGACUUGCUGCAUCACAGAUGUCGUCUUCAGUUUAUUCGUAUUGCCGCUGAUCACUGUUCUAUUCAGUCUUUACCUUGAUUUUUUUUUUUUUUUUUUUUUUUUUGUGUGUAAGACGUGUGUAAGAAGUUUUACGGUUUUAGUUUUAGAAGUGUAAUAAUUGAGAUAUCAGACACUAACACCGAGACAUAGGACUUAGUAAAAAUAAUGAACAAUGAAUAAAUUAAUAUAUAUAUAUAUAUAUAUAUAUAUAUAUAUAUAUAUAUAUAUAUAUAUAUAUAUAUAUAUAUAUAUAUAUAUAUAUAUAUAUAUAUAUAUAUAUAUAUAUAUAUAUAUAUAUAUAUAUAUAUAUAUAUAUAUAUAUAUAUAUAUAUAUAUAUAUAUGUAUCAAAGCUUCCGCUAUCGUAAAUCCACUAUCGCAAAUAGUUACACAAUAUUUGCAAUAUUCUGCCACGAAAUUUGACACCGCAAACACAAACCCCAAACAAAAAUUCUAUUAUCAAUAGCUCUCGAAUUUCUUUUCACUAUAUUUACGAUGUAAUGCUGUAGCUAGGCAUUAAAAUUUUCGAUUUUUGUUUUUUAAAGGCCUAGAGAAUAAUUUUUAUUUUUUUCAUGACCAGCAUUGACCAUACAUACGCUACUGCUAUUUCAAGUUUGGAUGCUUUGUAAUCAUACUAAUUAAUUUCUAAUAAUCUGAUAAUUAUAAUAACUCAUUUUUAACUUAUUUUUAAUGAGAAGAACCAAAGGAAGAACAUCAGUACACGACUGUCACAACUAUUUCCAUACUCAUAUGCCUUAUCUCCUUCGAAAUACUUAUUAUGAUGUUUAUAAUAAGAUCCCCUUUGAGGUUUAUGUGAAUAAGCUUUUUGUAAAAUGUGGAAAAGCAAUAACUUAAAAAGUUUUGAAGUUAA